CCCCUGGAGCCUGCAGCAGGACACUUGCCGCUCAGCCGCAGCCAGAUGUGCAUUGGCCAAAGGUUGAUGAGGGGCAGGUUGGCUCCGCCCUCAUCCAGAUGUGCGUCUGCCUCCGGGCUCCUCAGUCUACCGCUGGCCUCGGCAGAGGGAAGUUCACAGCGGAGCGCGCAGGACCACUGAGAGACCCCCCGCUCCCCGUCCUGGACCUCCACCUGCGCGCGCGCGCGGCGCAGAGCUGAUGGAUGGAGAGGGGCAGGGCUGAGAGCGCACACGGUCCAGGGCGCUGCUUGAAAAGGGAGCGGUCUGCGCAACCGGUGUGAUUUCCAAAGCUUUUUUGGGGGAAGUGAUCGACGGGCUUUUGCGUUUGCUGACGCCGUCAGGGAUGUUGGAUGCGCAUCCCGGCGCAGUGGUGGGGAUGUGAGAGAUUUCCACAUGCGUCUUUGCGCGCCGUGAGGCUGCACCCCAACCCCGACAAGAGCUCACUGCAGGGUGGUUCAUUGAAAUCGAUCCAGCCGUUGCUUUUUUGGAUGUGAGGCGGGCAGCGUCUCCUCUCCUCCCCCUUCCUCUCACCUCCAACAUGACUUCACUGUCAGGGACUAAGGAGAGGAGCAGCCGGAGCAGAAAACAUGCGAUGUCUGACACAUCUCCAACAAAAUCUGCAUCUUUUUUCCCGGACACAUGGUACCGCAAGGCCUACGAGGAAACCGCCCGCUCCGGCACACGCCCUGCCCCGGAGGGUGCUGGCUCCAUGCCCAGCUCCACCGGCACCCCGUCUCCAGGCUCUGGGAUCUCCUCGCCGGGAUCCUUCUCUGGAUCUCCAGGAACCAUUUCCCCAGGGAUCGGCACUGGGUCACCGGGGUCUCUCGGCGGCUCCCCGGGUUUUGGGACGGGGUCGCCGGCCUCGGGCAGCGGGAGUUCUCCAGGGAGCGAGAGAAUGAUUUGGUGUGAGAACUGCAAUGCUCGGCUGAUGGAGCUGAAGCGACAGGCUCUGAAACUGCUCAUUCCUGGGCCCUACUCCAGCAAGGAUCCUUCAUUCUCACUCCUCCUCCACGACAAGCUUCAGGUGCCCAACAGUUCUCGGCGAGCGUGGAACGAGCGUGACAGUCGCUGUGACGUCUGCGCCACACACCUCACUCAACUCAAGCAGGAGGCUGUGCGCAUGGUCCUCACUCUCGACCAGUGGGACUUAUCUCCCACCUCCUCUCCUCCAGCACCAAUUGGGCGAUACGGCUCCCACGGACCUCCGGGAAGUCUUGGAUCUCGGGAGUGGCCUGGUGCAUUUCUCCCAUCCUCUGCCGUCUCUGCUGCUCAACAUCCUCCUCACUCGUCUUCCUCUUCAAGCCCAUGCCAGACCCCAACACCCAGCCCAAGCCAUGGACCGUCAAACUCCAACCAUGGGAGUCCCUCUGUGGGGCAAACGUCCAGUCCUGCUCCAACGGUCCCACAAUCCCAAGGAGCAGGGCACAGACUGGGGUCUAAGCCCAGCUCUCUUGGUCUUGGAGGGGCUGUAGACAGACGAAAUUCUGGGUCUCCCAAUUCCCUGAAAGCAGGCAGUGCCUCACAGCAACCAACAAACAGCGUAGUGACUAACGGCGGCAACAGCAGUAAUAAUGGCAAUGGAGCAGUUGUUAGUUCAUCGACUCUGCAGGCACAUCCUCGGACUAAUGGAGGCGUUACACUUUAUCCAUAUCAGAUUACCUCAGAAGCUUCAAGAGAAGGACUGACUGAAGCUCCUAUCAACCGCUUCAACUCUCCCGCACACACAAACUCAUCCUCACGCACAAACUCUCCAUCGAACACUCCAGUCGUCAAUGUCCCAGCACCCUCUGCCACCUCAGCUGCUGCCUCCUUCUUUGCCAGAGCUGCUCAAAAAUUGAGCUUGGCAUCAAAAAAGAAGAAGCAGAAGACGACGGCGGUCAUAGCUCCAGUCACAGCGUCUCCCCCACCGUGUGACCCUGCGCUGUUCCCCACAAAUUUCAGCUCGGCUUUGCUGCUGGCCCCUCCCCCAGCUCCACCAUGCCUUCUGCGUGCAGCCAACAAAAUCAAGGACACACCUGGGCUUGGAAAGGUCAAAGUGAUGGUCCGGGUGUGUCCAGUGUCUCAUUCGGACGCAGCAGAGUCCAGUUCCUUCCUGAAAGUUGACACCAGGAAGAAACAAAUCACCAUCAUGGACCCGUCAGCAAAUCAGCCGCCAAACGCUGCUUCCCAGAAACGAGCAGGAGCCAAUCAAGUCCCGCCAAAGAUCUUCACCUUUGAUGCUGCGUUCCCUCCUGAUGCAUCACAGGCUGAAGUGUGUGCAGGAACAGUCGCCGAGGUGAUUCAGUCGGUGGUGAAUGGAGCUGAUGGAUGCGUGUUCUGCUUCGGGCACUCCAAAUUGGGAAAGUCGUACACGAUGAUCGGCCGUGAUGACUCGUUGCAGACUCUGGGUAUCAUCCCGUGUGCCAUCUCCUGGCUUUUCAAGCUCAUCAAUGAGAGGAAGGAGAAAACAGGAGCACGCUUUUCUGUCCGAGUGUCUGCUGUCGAGGUUUGGGGGAAGGAGGAGAACCUGAAGGACUUGCUGUCUGAGGUGGCAACAGGUAGUUUACAAGAUGGACAGUCACCUGGAGUCUACCUUUGUGAGGACCCCAUCUGUGGCAUGCAGCUUCAAAACCAGUCCGAACUCCGAGCUCCGACCCCAGAAAAGGCCGCCUGGUUCCUGGAUGCGGCUAUAGCGGCUCGCCACAGCAGCCAGCGCCCCGACACCGCAGAGGAGGAGCACAGGAACUCUCACAUGCUGUUCACUUUACACAUUUACCAGUACCGCAUGGAAAAGACCGGCAAAGGAGGGAUGUCGGGAGGUCGCAGUCGCCUCCACCUGCUGGAUCUGGGCAGCUGUGAUGUUAAAGAGCUCGGGGGUGGAGGAGGAGGAGGCAAAAACAGGGAGAACUCCUCACCCACUUCAGCCCCGCUGUGUUUGUCUCUGUCUGCGCUGGGCAACGUCAUCCUGGCUCUGGUUAACGGGAGCAAACACAUCCCAUACAAGGACAGCAAGCUGACCAUGUUGCUAAGGGAGUCGCUAGGCAACAUGAACUGCCGGACCACCAUGAUUGCUCACAUCUCGGUCUUACCCAGAGAUUUCUCAGAAACCCUUUCCACCAUCCAAAUUGCUUCUCGUGUUCUCCGCAUGAAAAAGAAGAAAACAAAAGUCACGGUGCAAUACACUUCCAGCUCCUCAGGAGGAGAAAGUUCCUGUGAGGAGGGUCGCAUGCGCCGUCCCACCCACCUGCGACCCUUCCAUCACCGUGGCGACACAGACUCUGACCUACCACUGCUGAAGCUGUCCAGUGACCCUGAGGAAUACUCCAGCAGUGAGCAGUCAUGCGACACAGUGAUUUAUGUGGGCCCAAACGGUGCUGCGGUGUCAGACAGAGAGCUGACGGACAAUGAGGGACCGCCUGAAUUUGUACCAAUAAUUCCAGCCUUGCUUAGAGGAAAAACAUCAGAGCAGCAUCAGACGUCCUCUCAAAGUCCAGGAGCUGCCGCGCAGAACAAGUCUCAGGCAGACGAGCAGCCCGGCGGCCCGUCUCAGCCACAGUCUCAGCCCUCCCAGUCGCUGCUCGGUCAGCCGCUGGCCCCAGUUCCAGAGGAGGGGGGUGAAUGUCUGAAGUGCAACACCUUUGCUGAGCUUCAAGAGAGACUGGACUGCAUUGAUGGGAGUGAGGAGGUUACCAAAUUUCCCUUUGAGGAGAUUCCAACCACCAAACCAUCAGCCAAACAAGAGUCAUGUCUACCCUCGUCUGUUUCCAGCUCUGCUGUCCCUCCUGCUUCUGCGGCAGUGUUGGACGCAGAAACCAAGAACGAGUUCUCCUCUGCGUCAGCAGCUUUGAGAAGAAGCAGCAAUGACCAGCAGCUGCAGGACAUUAGAGAGGUUGUAGAAAAGGCAGAGCUGGCCCAGACGAUGAUCCACAGCCUAGCUCAGGCUUCUGGCAGCCCCGUGGUUACGAGUACCCGGAGUGUGACGGGAAGCAGCAGCCUCACUUCCAAUCCCAUCCACAGGACGUUGAACUCUCACUUAAAUGACAGCCUUGAGAAUCUGAAUGUGGGAGUGAAUACUGAUGGAAAGGGGCGCCCGCUUGGAUCACCACGUCUGGGCAUCGCUAGCUUGACCAAAACCUCAGAAUACAGGCCUCCAUCAUCCCCAUCCCAGCGAUGUAAGGUGUACACUCAGAAAGGCGUGAUGCCCGCUUCACCGUCUCUAUCCUCUCACACUCUGGCCCAAGACGCCCAGCCUUCAGAUGCUAUAACCUCAGAUAACAGCUUAGCUGCAGACAGCGGCCGCUCCUCCACGGACUCUCUGCUGUCCAGGACUUCUCCUGCUGGCAUGAGCCCACAAAUCAAAGACCCAACUGCCUCUUUGUCUGCCAGUCUGGGCUCAGCGGAGACGCUCUGUGACGACGAUGUCCCACCCAUACCUCUGGACACACUCAAGGAUGCCUCAGGACCAGCAGCGUCAUCUGCUGGAGCUGUGUUUCUUGCUGAUGAUGAGUUGGUGCACUCUGUGGGCGACGAGGAUCUUACCGCUCUCGUUGAGGCUCAGAGCCUGUCCUGUCGUCCAACGAGCAUCAUCAGCUUUAACAGUGACUGUGGCUCAGAAGCUGCUCUUGCUCCAGAGUCUCAGUCCAUCAGCAACAUGAGUGCUUCUGAUGGAGCACUGGGGGAUUAUCACAUGGCACCAGGUCCUGUCACAACCUCAGGGGUUAAAGAGGUGGUCGCCAUGGCAGAGGUGGCAAUGGCCAAGCUGAGGAUAGAAGGCGAGGCCUUUGGGACAGGAAUGCCUUCCUGCGGUUCCUCCGUCUCCUCCUGGAUGAGUGAUCUGAGCAUGAGCAGUGAAGCCGAUCAGUCUCUCCACAGCUUCAGCCAGUCCCGAAGUCAACAAGGGGAGGCGCUGGCUGAUCCAGAAUCCAGCCAAGACCUUGGAGUCGACAGCUUGGUUAGCUAUCCAGGCACAGAAGGCCUAAGAAGAGGAAGUCUGGAGGGGGAAUUGUCUCUGUCAAUGUCUGAUAAAGACCCAACACCCAGAGUUGGAAAACUGCCCACAUCCAUGGCUACAACCAACAUUCAAAUUCUGACAAGCCGGAGCAACGGUGUUCAUCCGUGUGUGGCUGUCAAACCUAUGGUCAUAAAGGAGCCCACAAUCCUUUCAUCAUCACCAAAGACUGCCUUAAUGAAAGAUGCAGGCAAGUCCAACGCACCAUCAAUAGCUUCUAUUUCCAGUGAGAUGAGCUUUGAGGAUCCCUGGUUGAAACGUGGGUUGGAGGAGGAAACAUCCAGUGUUGUAGGAUGUGACGUGAAACCAGAGAAGAGUGAGAUAGAGCCUUUAAAACCCAACCCAGGAGACAAUGGUGGAAGAGAGAGUAAGGAUCAUCAAGGUUCUCCCUGCAGGGAUGGUGGGGAUUAUAGCAACUCUGGUUUUGGCAAGGAGGUAUUUUCAUCUUCAGACUCCUUUAAAAGAGUGGUUGACGGAUGUGAGAUGGUCGUUAAUGUUGCUCAAGGUGAAUGCUUUGCAAGUUGCUACAACCCGGACAUCCACCGGACAGCCAGUCUUCCCCGUGGGUGGCACCGAAUCAACCGUCAUGACGGCUUAGACUGUGGAAUGGAGUACCAGAACCUCGGUGUCACCACUUCAAACCCCUGCAGCCCCCGCGCCACCCUGGACCGCUGGAGUUCAAGCAGAAAACAGGGAUUUUUCUCCCAUAAAAAGGGAGGAAUGCCACCGCUCCCACCAGUGCGAAAGUCCAGUUUGGACCAGCGGAACAGGGCAGCCAGCCCUCUUCCUCAAUCCGCCAUUUCAUCACGGAGCAGCUCGACAGAUGAUGCAGGCAUGCCUGGAUGUGACGCUGCCGGAGUCACCAGGCAGCGCGGCUCCAGCAUCGACAGCAGUAGACUCUUUAGCGCCAAGUUGGAACAGCUUGCCAACAGAACAAACUCUCUGGGGCGGGUCCACGGCUCGCACGGUGGUUCCCACCACUACGACUGCUUCUCCCUGGAGAGAGGCGAGAGCCUUAGGGGGGGAGGCGGGGUGAAGGGGGACAGCACCAUGCCUCGGACCGGACGCAGCAUCACCCGUGCGGCGUCCGUCUCUUCUCCCACUGGCAGCCCCAGUUACAGCGGCAGUGCCAGUCCGAGCAGCGCGCCGCAGUCGCCCGCCAAGAGCAGCGGAACCUCAAAGAUCUCAGCUGUCAACAAACUGCUCAUGAGCAGCAACCCCAAGACCAGGAGCCUGUCUGCUUCCAGCACAAAGACUCUCAGCUUCUCUACCAAGUCUUUAAGCCAAACGACCAGUCGGAGCUCCAGUCUUCCACCUCAUGGAAAGCCACAGAGUUCCGUCCAGAGUCCGGUGCAGCAGCAGCAGCAGCAGCAGCAGCAGCAGCAGGGACCCACUCCUGGAUCCUGGUCCACCCAGUCUCUGAGCCGCAGUCGGGGAGGGAGCCUGACAGCCAAGCUGCCUCUGCGUGCGGUCAACAGCAGAAUCUCCGAGCUCCUUCAAGGAAAUGCAGGAUCCAGAUCCAGGCAUCACAUCCAAGCAGGAAGCACGGAUCCAGCAGAGGAAAAAGGGGGAGGGACGAGUGGAGAUGGAGCGGGAGGGAAUGGUCCUGCAGAGGAAAGAGCUGCGGUGGUGCAAACACUACCCUCCCCCUACAGCAAGAUAACCGCGCCAAGAAAACCACACCGCUGCAGCAGCGGCCAUGCAAGCGACAACAGUAGUGUGCUGAGCGGUGAGCUGCCUCCAGCCAUGGGGAAGACGGCCUUGUUCUACCACAGCGGAGGCAGCAGCGGCUAUGAGAGCAUGCUGAGAGACAGCAGCGAGAACACAGGAAGCACUUCAUCUGCUCAAGACUCCCUGAGCGAGCACAGCUCAGCCACCACCUCCUCCCGGAGGAGCUCCAAGAGCAGCAAGAAGAACAGGAGCAACAUAGGCCUUCAGCGUCGACGUCUCAUUCCAGCCCUGACGCUGGAUUCCUCGUCUUCAUCGCCUCCUCAACGUUCGUCCAAGCAGGCUGUCACCUCCUCUUCCUCUUCAUCAUCCAGCCAAGGUGCAUGUUGGGUAGAUGGUCCGCUCGGACCCCCUGCGCCUUCAAACCUCCGGGGUGGGAGCAUGACGACAGAAACCUUUGAGAUCAAAGUGUAUGAAAUAGAUGAUGUGGAGAGGCUGCAGAAAAGGAAAGACAAAGGAGGAAGCAAGGAGCUGCUGCACGUCAGCCCCAAGCUUCGCCUGCUGGAGCACCGCCAGCAGCGAAUCGGUGAAGUCAGAGCCAAGUACCAGUGUCUGAAGAACGAGCUGGAGCAAACCAAGCAGCACUUGAUGCUGGAGCCUCACAAAUGGAUCACCGAGUUUGAGUUACAGCAGCCAUAUGAGGUGGACUCGCUGGAGUAUUUGGAAGCUCUGCAAACAGUGACGGACAAACUGGAGAGCAGAGUCAACUUCUGCAAAGCUCACCUGAUGAUGAUCACCUGCUUUGAUGUUUCCUCAAGACAUCGAUAGAUGGAGGCGCUAAAAGGAGAAGGAGGACAGCUGGACUCAGUCAGAUCUGGAGUUAAGACACUACGCCUGAUGUUAAACUAAAAUAUCUCCUUUACAAAAACAAUUAUCACUUAAUAAAUGGAAAAGUGAUAUAAGGAUGGACUUCUAGAUCAUGGUUUAAGGGUAAAUUAAACAGAAAAACAACCUUAUACUUAAAAAAAAUAAAGUUAGUUAAGAUAAUUAUUUAGCUGAGAAAUUACAAACGAUUGAAAAGACAUUAAAGCAAAAAUAAAAAUAGGACACAUUUAUCUAAAGUUCUUUAAAAAAUAAAUCAAUUUUAUCAUGGCUGUGAUUAUUAUUUGUAACAAAAAGAAACUUUAAAAGGUUGUCUUUUCUAUAUUUUUAUGCCCUAAUGGGAUAAAUUCUAAUGUGUGCACAUUUGAUAACGGGUGUAAAAAGGAUAUUAAUAACAUCAAACCAGAGAAUAAAAGGAAGUACAAAGAGGUGUGCUGAAUUCUUACGAAUGUAGAAACAGAAAAAAAAAGGUUUGAAAAUAGAAGUUGCAUGAAAAGAGAAAGCCAAACAUCCUUUGUUGAUGGAAGAUUGUUGUAAAUAUGGAAUGCUGACUAAAGAAUGACGCUAGAGACGAAGAGAAAAGCAGAUCGGUUACAUAAGUGCCUUGUGAACAUUUCAACAAUACUAUGAGCAGUUAUCUUUGUCUUAAAUUUUUGUGUACUUAAAGUAAGUAUGGUGCUAGAAUAGAAAAAAAAGAUAAAAAUAAAUAUCUUAUUUAAAGUCAUUUUUUCACGUGAUGUUAAAUUGUGGUUCAGUCUUUAUAUGAUUAAGAGUAAAAAAAAUUCUCUGUUUAAAUUUGUGAUCCAUCUAUACAAAACUCAAUAUAAAAAAGAGGAAAAAUUACAAAGUGCCAAUGGUAAAAACAAAAAAAAAAGAAUUUUGUAGGGAAGGAAGCACAGAAAAAACAGCUAUGAAGACAAUUUUUUGUUGUUGUUUUAAUCUGUUUUUAUAGCAAUUUCUAUUUCUUUCAUCAUAAAAAUGUGAAUUUGGACCUUCUGGUUCUGGUGGGACCUUACGUGUUUUUUCCUUGUCAUGCACAUGUGAUGACUAUUUCCCCAAAACCAUGGAGUGAAUCGCAGCGAAAAGGUUUUUUGAUGAUCAAGCAAUAUGUAUUGACUGGCUGCCUGAUCACAUGCAGGUUGAUCAUCUGCUCUUUGUAUCUGGUUCUCCUUUUUAGAAGAAAAGGACAUUUACUAUUUAUAAUUAAAAAAAAUCUCCUCUUUUAACUUAGCUCAAUGAAGCUUGUUAGACAUGACAUCCAACAGUUGAAAAUCAGAAUUUCAGAAGUUUAUUUUUAUUUUUAAAACUUCAAUAUAAAGAAUACUGAUCAGUAUUAAAUGCAGAGAUCUCUGUCUGGCUUCAUUUGCUUUCAAAUUAGUUAAUCUAUGGUGCUUGAAAUGAUUUAUUUUAGAAAAAAAUGCAUUUAAAAUCCAGUGUUUUCAUUAUAUCUGUAUUUGUACAAAGUACUCCCAUCAGAACCUUUUUUAUGUGGUUUUCAUCAAAACUCUGUCUUCUCCGGUGUCAACGAUUCACUUUCAGUGCCAGAUGCAUAAACAGUUUGCUCACACUCAAAUACAGAAUUACCUGUUUUUGUGUCAUUUCGUAAAAUCCAAAAAUGGAAAAAGUGUUAAUUUGGUUAGACAGAGAUUUUUUUUUUCCUGCACAAACUCUGUCUUUUUUCACCGGACUUGCAUUAGAUGUGGUUGUUUGGGGGGUAAAAACAGGUACUUCAAACCCUCCGUUUUGCUACUUUAAAGAGGAAGUAGCUUUUGUCAAACUGGACUCAUCAAACGAAGACUGGCAGAAAGAAAGCUCCAAGACUUGAAGGAUCUCAAAGGAACCACGUCAUCGAUUAGUGUUCAUAUUUAUCUACACCUUUAUGGUCUUUAAAGUUUACUAUGCAUAAAAAAACAACUGUACAUAUUUUGCUGAGCCUAUGUCAUAUUUGAAUAUACAUAUUGACCAUGUACACAUAUCAUACAUGUGCUCUGCGGUUUCAUUUGCUGUUGUUGCUGUCCUGGGUGAUUUUAAUGAGAAUGGGUUUCUUAAACAUUCAUGUGGUUUAUCUAAGCCAGUCAUGUUGGAUAUAUUUGUUUUCUUUAGUCUGGCUACUUUAGACUACAAUGCAUGCAUGAAUAAGAAAAAAAAAUGUAAACGUUUUACAUCUUCUGCACAAAUCUGAAUUUGAACAUGGCCAGAUGUAAUUUUUUUAGUGGUACAUUUGAUAUAAGAAAAAAAAACAGAACUUCUGUUUUGAAGUGUUUUCAGACUGAGGGAGUAUGUAGUAAUCACUGCAGUUUCAAAAAGUGCACAUUUCUAUUAAACCUCUUGAAUUUCCAUCUGGUGGCCCUUUACAAUCUCAGCGUGACUACUGAUCAUUUCCAGGAAAAGAAAAAAAAUAUUCCAAGUAAAAAUAAAAAUGCCAAACAGUACAUUUCAAACUACAUUAUGACAGAUUUUAUUUUUUUUGCCCAAAGUGGAAUUUUUGUAUCAGUAUUGACAUCAGUCUUAUUUUAAAAAACCCAAACCUCUGGAUGAGUAUAAAGCUCGUACAUGUCACCCCGUUGAUGCUGAUUGGGGGAUUUUUCUGUUCCGACAUGUCACUGCCAGUUUUUUGUCUCUUCGCUUUAUAACUCCAGCAAUAAUUAUAAGUCACCCAAGAUGUUGGCGUCUCUGUGAUUAUUGUACCGGGCCAAUAAGAACCCUUGUCAAUACACAUGUGGAAUGUUUUUAAACCAAAUACUGUCUGAGGCUGCAGAGCAAACGAGUUUGAACUAAGUCACGUUAUGUAAGAUGUUUUGGAGAAAAUCUAGAACCCCGUAGUAUUGGGAGUUGUGUGACAGUCUACCACAUUUAGCCAAAAAAAGUAGUGAAAGUGUUGAGACAUCUUUGGAUAACUGAAACAGCUAAAUGAUGUACUGUUAAUGAGAAUUUUGAUGUGACAACAGAAGAAAUAAGAUGCUAUAAGACUGAAUCCUGUCUGAAUUAGUGUUCCCGCGUUGAUUAGGAUCACACUGUUUAUCAUUUCUUCACUGCUUUUGUAAAAUGUGCUCUGAAACUGGCGUUGAUGGAAACUGGGAUGUAAAUAAAGGAAUGUAUUGAAAGUUUAA